AUGAAAGACUGGCUUCAACGGCUGACGGUGGCCGUAUGUGCCACCACUGGCACCAUCGCAGCUACUGCGAAGCAUGCGUAUCAAUUCAAUUCGGUGGCAAUUACAGGUGGAGGAUACAUCACGGGCAUUGUCGGACAUCUGACGGAGAAAAACCUUCUCUAUGCGCGGACAGACAUCGGUAGCACUUAUCGCUGGUCUCAAGAGCUCAACAAAUGGAUUCCCUUGACCGAUUUUCUUGGCCCGGAGGACGAGAACCUCAUGGGCACCGAGAGCGUUGCCAUGGAUCCCACGAAUCCUGAUCGUCUCUAUUUGGCACAAGGCCGAUAUUUGAAUUCCAACCAGACAGCAAUUUUUGUGUCGGAUGACCGAGGCGCGAGCUUUACGCGACAUGAGGCCCCGUUUGCAAUGGGCGCGAACGAGCUGGGCCGGAAUAAUGGAGAGCGGCUGGCUGUCAAUCCGUUCAAAACGAAUGAGCUAUGGAUGGGUACUCGCAACGCAGGGUUGAUGAAGAGUGUGGAUCGAGCGAGAACAUGGACCAACGUUACCAGUUUUCCGGAUGCGGCUGCCAACGGCAUCGGAAUAACCUUUGUGAUCUUUGAUCAGGAGAAUGAUGGAACUAUUUACGUCGGCGCGUGUGUUCCCGGUGGAUUGUAUGUCACCAAGGACGCAGGAAAGACCUGGGAUGCCUUGCCUGGGCAGCCGAAAGAAUGGGACGAUUCGCUGCUCAUCUAUCCUGAUGAGACACAACCACAAAGCACUGCGCCGCAACCGAUGAAAGCAAUUCUCGCGUCAAAUGGUGCCCUCUAUGUGACUUAUGCGGACGCUCCGGGUCCUUGGGGAGUUUCGUAUGGCGCCGUGCAUGUCUAUAACACCACGUCUUCGAAAUGGACUGACAUUACCCCGUCUGCUAAAAACACUUCACCGGCUCCGUUUACGCCCCAGGCCUUCCCUGCGGGUGGAUAUUGCGGGCUCAGCGUCGCUACGGAUGAUCCCGACACCCUUGUCGUGGUCUCGCUUGACAGAGAUCCCGGCCCAGCUCUUGACAGCAUGUAUCUCUCGCGGGACGCUGGUCGCACAUGGAAGGACGUCUCCCAACUCUCUACUCCAUCCGGCAGCGGAGGAUACUGGGGACACCCGAUUGAGGAUGCAGCUCUCGCAAACGGCACUACAGUCGAGUGGCUAAGCUUCAACUGGGGACCUCAAUGGGGCGGUUACGGAGCUCCGUCACCUGUCAAAGGAUUGACCAAGUUCGGAUGGUGGAUGACAGCCGUUCUGAUCGAUCCCAGUGAUUCGGACCAUGUUAUGUACGCCACCGGUGCGACAAUUUGGUCAACGGACAAUAUCUCACAGGUCCAUAAAGACUCAGCACCAGGGUGGUACAUUCAAGCACAAGGUAUUGAAGAGACCGUGCCUCUCGCGUUGAUUAGCCCUCCAUCUGGCGCGGCGAACCUGAUUAGUGGAGUGGGUGAUAUUAAUGGAUUUCGUCACGACAAUCUCGAUACCCCACAGUCCAUGAUUGGACUUCCUGCCUUAUCAAAUCUCAACACCCUUGACUGGGCUGGGAGGAAGCCCAACAUCAUAGUUCGCGGCGGAACCACUGGUUAUAAAUAUGAUGAUGGCUGCGGACAAGCGGCAUAUUCUACGGACGGAGGUGACAAAUGGGUAAAGUUUGCGACAUGUAUCCCGGGCGUCAACACCAGCAGCACAAACCCAGGUGUGAUGACUCUGGACGCCUCAGGGAAAUACGUCGUCUGGACCUCAGCCAUGUCGGUUGUUGCUCCUACCUUGCAGAGUCCCAACGUCCCAGCUACCGACUCGGGGCCGUACUCAUCGCAUGACUGGGGCAAGACCUGGAAAUCGCCUCGUGGACUAACAGUCCAGACUCCAUACCUCAGCGCGGACCGUGUUCAGCCAAAGACCUUCUACGUAUUCACGGAGAGUGUGUGGUAUGUUAGUACUGACGGUGGGGUUUCCUUCAAGGCCUCAAAAGCCAAGAACAUAGGUCUUCCUGAACAUGAUGGUGCAGUCCCAGUGGUGAACCUCAACCGAGCAGGUGAGAUCUGGCUCGCUUUAGGGGACCAGGGAGUCUAUCAUACGACGAACUUCGGCCGUCGCUGGAAGCGCGUCUCAGAUCGAGGAACAGUAGCCGAACUCAUAACGGUUGGCGCGGGGGUGAAGAAGAACCAGCCUGCUUUGUUUAUUCGGGGCCGUCCAGCUCGCACGCCCAAGUCAGCUCACGGAAUAUACCGCUCGGAUGAUGGAGGUGCGACAUGGGAUCGCGUUGAUGAUGACACUCAUCGAUAUGGGGGGUUCAAUCUAAUUCAAGGUGACCCUAGAGUUUACGGGCGGGUAUACUUGGGCACUGGUGGACGCGGCAUUUUGUAUGCAGAUAUUGCACGUGGGCGUUCUGAUAAGCAAGGGAAUGUGCCCGGAACAGGAGGAAUUUAG